GCUCAAGUUCACGGAGCCGGAUAAACUAGCCCCACAACUGCACCAACGCAGCUACGUUCAGUGGUCGGUUGCCUAUGCAACUGCCAGAUUAGCCCGCCAAAAAUUGGAAGUCAACUUCAGAAACUGCUACUGGGCAUGUGAACAGGCGGCUCGUCCAACCAUCAGCAACCUCAACUCCUUUCGUGCAGACAAACAUCGCCAUCUCGGGUUUCGUAUCUCCUACGGUAUCCCUACGGCCCAUCGAUUCGACACCCCCUCCUCGCCGUUUGUCAGCUCCCUCUACCACCAAAGCCUUCAUCAUGGCUCCUCUCAUUCUACACAACGUUCCUGACGACGAGUGUUACGUUGGGGAUGAUGGUGUGAAGCGACCAUAUGCCAUGUAUUUCAACCAACAAGAUGCUCCCCAAGGAAGCGCACGAUCACGUCGCAGCGCCGCCGAGUCUGGUUCGUUUGGUAAAUCCACACGUCGUUCACGAUCGCGUACUGGAACACCCGCGCGCAGUCGCGAAAAUCCUACACUAGCUGCUGCAGACAAGCUCUUUGGCGACUGGGUAUCGAACCAGGCUGCAACAGCGCCAUCUCAAACUGUUCAGCGUAAGAGCAGUGGUUUGAUGCAAGAAGAGGUUCCCGUCAAGCGAUCUGUUACUUCAACACCAGUCGAGCUCAUCCUUCGCGGCUACCGAUCAUCAACACAGCAGUACGCUGCUAUCUCCCACUAUGAAUCCCUUGCCGGCGCGAUCUUGGAGGAUUACCCUCGCGAACCUCCUGCCAGCCAACGCCGAUACAAAUCUGAGUUGCGCGACCCUGCAUUUACGCGACGUCGCAACCUGACAGCAGAUGAGCGAGCUAUGGUGAACCGCGCAGAUGGCGGAGAGCACUGGGUGAAGGUCACCUUCGAAAGCAGAGAAGCUGCCGAAGCUGCUACUUUUGCCAGCCCUCAAAGGAUACUGGGACAUCUGGUUUAUGCUGAGCCAUACCGAGGUGUUCCUCCCGCCAAAGACGAGCCUUGUCCCGAUAUCGAGGUCGUCUCAGACCAUUCACGCUCACAGAGUAUGCCUGCUGCUGUUCCCACUGCCAAUGGUCGCAAGAGCUUCAGUGGGCCUACAUCGUUUAACAGCCGGCUCCUCGAUCUCUCUCCUCCUCAUUCGCAGACAUCUAGUUUUACCAUGGAUACUGGAACUAUCAGCAACUCCCAUGCCUCUACUGCUACGAUCACCGAGCCUUUCCCUCUUCCUCAAGCUACCACAUCAAGCAUCGAACCCAUGGAGAUCCGCGAUGGCGACAGCGUUUUCUGCCGCCGCAUCCCUACUGCCCGUCGCGCUACCAUUCUUCCCGCCGAGCAAGCUCUCCUACCUCAACAGACUAUGAUGCAACGGGUCGUCAAUGCUAUUCCGUUUGUGAAGUGGUUCGGCGGUAGCAUGAUCGGUAACGAAGUACCACGAACCGAGACCGGCGAGUUUGACUGGAGCAAGGCCAGUCUCUACUGGAAGCUUAUCUGGUGGCUCGACGCUACUUUUGGAUUAUUCAGCGGCGAUGUACUCAAUGCCGACAAGGACGACUAGAGGAUGUUCGGUCGGCGUUGGAAGCCAAAGAUGUUGAAAGCAGCGUCCAAACGAAAGGGGUCGACGUCUAAACGACGACGAUCGUCGGGCGGCCGUGAUAGAAUGUACGAGAGACGAAGAAUUUGAUCAUUGACCACGGCGUAAUAACGAUCUUGGCGUCAGGCGUGUUAUGGAAUUGGGACAGUGUCUGGUUUAAUCGACAUGCUUAAUAGAUGGAGGGUGGAAAAUCCACAUAAUGUUCUGUACACUAUCAAACAAGAGCAAAGUUCUCUUGCAAAUCUAUUUCCGCCUCUCCGUGAAGAGAAUAUUUCCCAAAUGUCCGUAUAAACGCCCUUGUAGAUGAAACCCGAACACGAGUAUAAGUCAUUUUCACCACUUGAUCAGUUUCAGCUUGGACUCCUCUCUUCAUCACCGCUCCAUGCAGCUGCUGAACUAGCGUCGGUGAUGAGUGGCUGUGAAUUUGCCCUUUUUCUCACCGAACUUGGUGAUCCUGACCGACCUCUCGUUUCCUCCUCUUGGACAUUUUCUUUUUCAUGCUCACCGUCCCCAUUCUGCUGCUCUUCUGCUCCUGCAUCAUCAGCUUCCACUACAGGCAUCAGGAGCUCCGACCUGUUCAAUUCAUCUUCUCCGUUUUCAAGCCCUUCUGCUCUACCCCCUAGAGAAUCAUAUGUCACAUCUGUUGGAAUGCGACGAAUAGGCUGUGGUGAGAACGGCCUUGCGUUUCGGGGUUUGUUGAAGUCGGUUGAGAAGACGCUGUCACUGUCAUUCAUAACGCCGCCACUGGGUCUAGAGUCAGAUGCCAGUGCUGCUAGAGAUUGAUACCGUUCCGUGUCCAUAAGAAGACUGUCCCCUCUAGCGUGACUCCGGGAUGGAUCUGAUCCUGUGUCGGCAAGUAUGCUCUUAGGGGGGAGGAUGGAGAAGAGCUUGGGUGUGUCGCCGCUACCGCCACUGCCCAAGUUCGCAAUAUCUUCCUCCGUUGCGAACAAAUCUUGACCCUUUUCAAGAAGAUCGUCCAGACCGCCUCCGCUCCAGCCUUUCCUCGCUAGACCUUCAAAUAUGUCCACUUCUGCACGUACAAGACUGCAGCUUGCUUCGACAAUCCUUCCACUUGUCUCUUGACUCUCCCUCAAUAGUGUCCGUGCAUGAUCGGCAUGCAACGUCGUUAAGCCAUCCAAUUUUGUCGUCAAUUCGACUAAAUGUGCCCUAAAUCGACCAACAUCCCGUCUCCUCUGUUUAUGCAACUUCAUCCCUUCUUUCUCCAGUCGUUUGAUUUCUUUGCUUUGUGCCUUGAUCUUUUGUUUAUACGUCUCCUCUUCAUCGUCAAUAACGGUCUGCCACUUGUCCAGGUCAUGGAGCAGUGGUACUUCGAAGGAUCGGUAUACCGUCUCAGAGAGGAUCUGUUGGUGAUUGGCAACAAGGUAGUGUACUCCGGAGGCGGACAUAAGCGUAUCGGCUGUGCAGGAACCCUUGGUUGUAAAGCUUGCUGUCAUAUUAGUCCCAGAGGGACCGAUGGGCUCGGCGCGAGCUUCCUUUAACCUAGCGCAUGCUUCAAGUGCUGAUCCAAAUGUCGAUGCGGCUGUUGAUAAUGCGGCGAGUGCCAGUCGGUAGCCUUUUGCGGAGGCGACAAGAUCGGAGUAAGCUUGCUGAGAGAGCUCUAGGUCGGCUUUUGUAAGGACAGCAUGUGAAGAUCGUGGGGGUGGCGGCAAAGGCAGAUUAUACUGAGAUAACGGAUUUGCAGUCGACGCAAGAGAAUAGACUGGCGAUCCCGGAACGGGCGGUAGCUGUGACGGUGUCGGCGACACUGGACGCGAUGUUGUUUCGGAGGCCAUAUUUGUUUACUUUGGGCGGUCGAUCAUCGGGGUAUGCUCGGGCUUGUGAGACUGGUUCUUCCAGGCGCACAAACGGAACAACUUCAGAUAUCGUUGUGUGCUUCACAACAAUGAUGUCGAUGCGUCAAUUUAGAUUUGCCGAGUGACGGUCAAGGUUGUCGACUCUACCAAGGUUUCGGUUGGCGAAUGUUGGAGAAGAAGUGGUCCAGGAUCAAGGGUGUGCUGUUUCGA